UAGCUACCAAAAUCGAAGUUUGCUACUAAUUUCUCUAUGACUAAGUCAAUUAUAAGAAAUAUAAUAUUUAAUAUUCUUAGCUACAUGUAAACCACAAUACUCAGUAUUGCAUUUCAUCAAACAUCAUGUGUCCAAGUCAAUUAUUUUCCUUCCUCUUUGUCCUUCUCCUUCUUCUCUUCAUCAACUCCAGUGGAGCUAAUACUAAUACUAGUACGUCCUUUGCAUAUUGCCCUUCCUCUAUCUGCCAUGGAAUUAACAUUUCAUAUCCUUUUGACAGCUUCACAUCUCCACUUUACUGUGGUUAUCCAGGAUUUGGGAUCCACUGCUCUCAAACCGAUCCAAUUCUUAACAUUUCAAAUGUUUCUUUCGCCGUUAAACACAUAAAUUACACCACGUACUCCCUUACCCUGGAAGAUAUUGAUGCUUUUGAUAGCAGAGAUUGCCCCAGGGCACAUCAUAACCUCACUCUGGGAGAUUUGCCAUUGAAAUAUUCAGAGCUUGAUCUAAACCUUACUUUCUAUUUUAACUGUAUCAAUUCGCUUUCAUCUGGUCGUUCGUUAGAUUGCUUAAAUUCAGGUGGAAACAAGUCAUAUUUAUAUAUUGAGGAUAAUGAGCCGGAUCAUUUGAAUUGGUACGGAAUUUGUGAGAAGAAAGUGGUGGCGACGGUGAUGGACAGUGGGUGGAUUCGAGAACUCGGUGCGGUCAUAGAUGAGGAGUUGAAUAGACGACUUGUUGCGGCUAUGAAGGAGGGGUUCGUGCUGGACUGGGGGGUCGCAACGGAGUGCGGCAAGUGUGAGGCAUCAGAGGGGCGUUGUGGUUACGACAAUUCAACCAACGAGUCCUUGUGCUAUUGCAAAGAUGGCACCCUAAAGUUUGAUCACUGCAACGCAUUAUCUGCGGCGGUUGGGGCUGCAAUAGCUGUAACCUGCUGCUUGAUGUGCUUCUUCCGAUUUAGGAAAACAAGGGCAGCCCGGUGCACUAUGCUCCCGCUAUGCGCGAGGUCCAGAGAAGGGUCGGACCACAAGGAUCUAUUGUACGCAGAAGAUCGGAUUGUCGAUGCCUUCCUGAGACAGUAUGGAUCUUUAGCCCCAACGGCAUAUAGCUAUUCAAACAUUAAGAAAAUGACAAAUUCCUUUAAGGAGAAACUUGGAGAAGGGGGUUAUGGAGGGGUUUACAAAGGUAACCUUAAUGGCCAUCCCGUUGCUGUGAAGAUCUUAAAGGCGACUGAGGGGAAUGGAGAAGAUUUCAUUAACGAAGUUGCAAGUAUUAGUCGAACUUCUCAUGUCAACAUAGUUACUCUGGUGGGAUUUUGUUUGAAUCGUCGGGAAAAAGCUUUGAUUUAUGAAUUCAUGCCAAAUGGAUCUCUUGAUAAACACAUAUACGACGAAAAUUUGAAAUUGGGAUGGGAAAUGUUGUACAAAAUUGCACUAGGGAUAGCUCGAGGACUGGAGUAUUUGCAUAGAGGAUGCAACUCACGAAUUUUGCAUUUCGACAUAAAACCUCACAACAUUCUUCUUGACGAGGACUUUUGCCCCAAGAUAUCUGAUUUUGGUUUAGCAAAAUUA